AUGUCCACUUCCUCUCAUGUUGGCUGGAACUCUCCCCCACCCGUUUACGACGCUCUUUCAUCCACGCGCGCCCCUGGGGUUCUCAAACCGUAUCUUGAGCUACCUCAUUUGCUCUCCCUGACAUGGCUCGCGUACCCCAUCCUGUCCUUGCUCUUCGUCGCGUUCCGACUGCAGCUAUCUGCCUCGUCUGCCCAGGACAGUGUCGCCAGUGCGAAGAACGACUUUAUCUCUAGUUGCAAUGCUGCGCAGAAGGCCGCCACGUCUGCUGCGAGUAUGCCGCGCUACCUGGCGGUGGCCGCGAACGACCAGAUCGCGGAUGCGGUGAACGGGACCCUCGAUGCUGCUCGGGCCACCAUGGUGCUUGCACUUACAAUCAUGGAAGCCAUCAUCAACUUUAUCAUUGAUAUGUACCGUUCCACCUUCCUGUGUUUCCUCGAACUGGUUGUGCGGGGAGGACUGUCUCUGCUUAUUGGUGCUGUUCAGGAGAUCAAUUCCUUCCUCACUGGCACUUUCAGCACUAUUCGGACGGCGAUUCAGAACGAUGUCAGCAACGCCAACUCUGUCAUCACGAAGGCGGUGGACGAAAUCAACAAGAUCAAUCCCUUCGGCAAUAUAUCGGUGCCACAAUUUAGCAUCCCGAGUCUCAGCGACCUCGAGAACGUCACGCUGCCGACCGAUUUCGAGACAGCGUUAAUCAAGUUGAACGCAUCCUUACCGACGCUCUCCACUCUGAAGAGCGAGAUUGAUUCCAUUGUUGAUACGCCCUUCGAGUUACUCAAGAAGGAAAUCAACGAUACGUUCGCAAAUCUUACCUUUGAUUCGUCGGUAUUGCCUGUUCCCCAGCAGAACACUCUCACUUUCUGUGACAACCUCGACACCUCUUUCAUUGAUGAUCUUGGCCAGGACCUGCUUAAGAUUGCAAAGAUCGGCAUCAUUAUCCUCGUCCUCCUCGCGCUCUUGCUACUGGGAGCCAACUGCGCAUUCGAGUGGUACAAGUGGCAUCUCCUCAAGAAGCACCUGCAGAACACGCGCGACGCAUGGACGUCCGACCCCGCCGUAUAUCACGAGAGCAUGACAAAGACGACGCCGACAGUCGACCUCAGCGACCACAAUUUGAUGAUUCUGCAGGCUGACGCGCAGCAUCCGCAUCUCAUGAAGAUCGCAAAUGCGAUUGCGGCAUUCUUCCGUAUGGGGCCGUCGAAGUACGUCAAUCUGCGCUGGUUCUUGCACUAUGUUUUCCACCCGCCUGCACUCGCAUGCUUCCUUAUCGGGUUCUUCGGCCUGCUCUCCGUUGAGAUCCAGGUCAUUGCCGUACGGCCACUUGCGGACAAGUUCUCACAGCAGGCGGUGGCAUCCGUGGACAGCUACUCGGAUCUCAUUGCCACGUCGAUCAACGGGAGCAUGUACAACCAGUCCGCCACAUAUGCAAACGACGUGAAUUCGCGUGUCGACGCAAUUCAGGCGACGAUCAACGAUGGGGUGUUCGGCUGGGUUAACGGCACGACGACGACGCUGAACAACACGCUCAAUACGUUCUACAACGACCUACAGAAUGCGGUGACGACGGUGUUCAACGGCACCAUCCUCGAGGAGCCCGUGCAAGAGUUCAUCCGAUGCUUCAUAGGCUCGAAGGUAAACGACCUCGAGGAGGCGCUCACGUUUCUGCACAACAACCUGCAGGUCAACAUCCCGCGCGUAAAUGAGACGGCGCUUGUCCUGUCACCUGCCGACGUGAACGAGGUCACCACCCCGAUUGCCACCGCUGCUAUUGGUGGUGGCGACGGGAAUGACCAGGGCGUUGUCGGCGACCUCAUCGACGCAUACAUCAAGUCCCUCAAGGCGGAGCGCAUCAUGUUCGGCAUUUUCAUGGGCCUGUGGGGCGUCGUCGUCUUGAUGGCCUUGUGCAUUAUCUUCUGGUACUCGUAUGGA